AUGGUAGAAACCAGGAGGAGCUCGUCGUCGUCAAAGCGUGCGCUCCCGUCGUCGCCCCCUCCGUCCCGGUCGGGGAGCAAGCGCCAAAAGGUUUGUUCGCAGAUCUUUUUGUUUUUUUUCGUUUUAUUGGCCCCUCUGGCUCAAACGUUCCCCUGGGUCUCACGCGUCAUUCUGCUUCGUCGGGUUGGGAUUCUUGGCGAAAUCUACCAGGCAGAGGCGAUUUCCCUGACGGACUCAGACCAGAGUGGUCAGAAGGAGGACGAGGCCAAUCUGAAGGAACCGGGACAGAUUCCUUCGCCGCCGUCGGCAGCUCCUCCUGACCUGUCGAAGGAGUCUGCCGAGUCAAUAGCUCCACCGGAGGAUAAGCCCACCGGGGAUGGGGUCGAGCAUAGCACCGUCACAGGGAUGUCACCUCGAGGUCCGAUCUUUCACCCGUUUUUCUGCAUGCAUGUAAUCCCUCGGUAUUUUUCUACCUGUACCUUUUAUGUUAUCUUCUUUUUUUGAUUUCGAGUUUGUUUUAUUUUGGUGUUGUAAGGGUGCACUUCUAUACAGUCGGAGCAGCUGGCAAAGCUAUUAGGACCAGUGGAUUUGCCCAAGAAAAGAGUAGGAAAAUCUCGGCCAAAAGUGGCAUGGGGAAAGCUCUUAUCACAAUGUUCACAGGUUCGUUUUCAACCGGCUAUUUUCCAUUCUAAUUCUAUCGUUCUGUUUCCCCAAAAUUCCCCCCCCCUUCCGCCCAGUUUACAGAUGAAAUUGUUCUUUGCUCAUUCUCUUCUUAUUUCUUUAGAGCACGUAGUGCAUAAUAGUCUCGGCUCAAAUUAUUUCUCAACAGCGGUGAUUCUGUUGUAAUACGUAUUUUCCUUCUCAAGUUCAUUCAUAAUGGUCAACAACGAACGGUAAUGAACUUUAUUGAACCGUUUUCUCACUCACUAUGAUAGUGCACCAGCGAACACAGUUCACUAAGGUGAAAAAACUCUUCUCUUUAAGCUUGCUACCCUUGGGAGGGUACAUUUAGAUGCUUGGAAAUAUUCGUAAUGCUUGCCAUACUAUUGUUUAUCCUGGGCAUUUAGUUUCCUGUCUAAAAGACGCAUUCAUAUAGACGUGUGCUUGUUGUCCAAGUGCCCGACUAUUCUUUGUUUGACCUGGUUGGUGUUCAUCUAGGGCUCAAAUAAUUCUUUCUCUUGCACCGUUCUAUUUAUGUACGGAAUGCGAUAUAAGCCAAAGAAAGGUAUAUCUCAGAAGAAAUACAAAGUCGGAAAGUAGCCAAAGAAAAAGAGAGCAGGUCCCAUUGAUUUUGGUCUUCUGUACUUCACUAUGGACUGACAUCAUUAUAUACAAACUUUGGUUCAUUCUGGAUUUAUUAGUUCUUAUCAAAUAGCUUUUAAUCCACCCAUGAGACCUUCACACAUCUGAUAACCACGCUAGAGCAGAAACUCUACUGCGAAACUUUACCUUGAUUCAGGCAUCUUCCCCACAUCUAAAUUUUACGAAUGGAUGGAUAAAACAUGACCUGACACAGCGGAAGGAAUAAAGUUUCUAUGGCAGGAGACCACUUCUUUGAAAUAAUUUUUUGAUUUGCAAACUCAUUAUCGACUCAUUCAACAUGAUCAAUCACGGUAAAUAGGGAAAAUAUAGGAACAAUGAGUGAAAAAGUAAUAUCCGAGAAAAGGCAAACGUGAAUUAAGUUAUCCAAUUUUCGCAGAAUUUUAUCCAGAUCCCGUAUGGAACUUAAUGAAAUUCCUAACCCUUCCGAAAUUGUACAAGGUUUUCUCAAACGGGCCUAUUUCAGCAGGUGGGAGACAUCUUUUGACCCCUAUUCAACACCUUUUUUCAUUAACACUAAGGCCAAGUGUAUUCAUUGUGUUAAUUGGGAAUUUUUGUUGGAAGAGUUUGCAUGUGGUGAUUGAAAAAUACCUUUGCAAGAGAUAUCCUAGAUGUGAAGCAUGAGCAUGAGGAAGGAGAGAGGAAGCAGGGCGUUUCAUGCUCAGGAAACCAAAAAGACAAGGGGCAAGUAGAAUCGAAGGGAUGUGGAUGUUCAGGAGAUUGCUUUGAUUGCUAUUUAUUUAUUUUGGAGGGGGGUGUGAGGGCCUGAGAGAAUUAAAGAAGUGGAGGUGUCCUACUAUAUCUGAGUUUAUAGAAGAAGAGGUGGAAUUGUCAGAAUAGGGUUUGAGCUUCUGGGAAUGCAGACAUGCGUUCACUUUUAUCUGAUCGGGUUGUUCAGUCAUUCUUGUUGUCCUUGAUGCCUUCAAUUUUAAUUUUUGGGUGUAAGCUGUCAACACAUAAGGAAUGCCAGAUGGGUCAGUUCCCUUGAUAGUUGAUCCCCCCCAAGAGAAAAGGAAAAAAAGAAAGAACUAAAAGGGGAACACUUAAAAUUGUCCAUAAUGGAUUUGAUUUUUGCUUAACAAGCUGUAAUGAAUGGGUUGAGGCACUUUAUUCCCCUUGCUCAUUUAACUAUAACGAGCUAGAUUGAACUGAAACAAAUCUUGCUGAUGAGUUGCUCAUCAUGUUCACUGCAGCAAAAAUCUAUAUAUUUUCAGUUUAUUUUUUUCAUUUUUCGUCUUUUGUCUGUCAUACGCGUCUAUAAUGAUUCUUUGAAUUUAUCGGUGAAUAUUGGGUUCUCCCUGUAUUACAAUAAAGGUAAUCUGGGUCAUUGUAGAAUUUUCGGUGAAUACUGGAAACAGAAAACUCUACAAUGGCCCAGCUUACUUUUAUUUACUUGUAUAACAUGUUGGUUUUUUUUCUUGGUUUUCCAGAAUCCUCACCAAUCUAUAUUUAGUUCGACUUUCACUGUUGGUCAUGGAAAAACUUGCAACUUAUGCUUGAAAGAUCCAAGUGUCAGUACAGUUCUCUGUAAACUGAAGCAAAUCGAGGUAUGGUCUUUCUGGUCUCCAAAAUGCUAGGAGAUUUAGUACAUGCUUUUGCGAGUUGAAUGCAUAUGAUGAAGUAUUGUCACUGAUUUCAGUUUUUUUUUCUUUCUUUAGUGUGGAGGGACGUCGGUUGCCUCACUUGAGAUUUCAGGGAGCAAGGGUAUUGUUCAAGUUAAUGGAAAGACCGUUGAGAAAAAUUCUAAUAUCAUCCUCACUGGAGGAGAUGAAGUGAUUUUCAAUUCGUCCGGGAAACAUGCUUAUGUAUCCUUUUAUGCCUCGUUUGUUUUAGCUUUUGCCAUUCUAUGUGAAUAGUUUAGCAAAAUGUUAAAGGAUUUUUUGUGCACCUGUCUUGUAUUUGGUGGCCGCAAAAUAUACCGUUUUUAAUGUUCUUUUUUUUCGAAUAGGAUUCCUUAACGUGCUAUCAGAUUUUCCAGCAGCUGCCUACUGAAAACCUUACUGGACAAGCAUUGCCGUCAUCUCUUGGCUUAUCUGAAGCACAGAGUGCUCUGAUUAAAGGAGUCCAUCUUGAAUCCCCGUCAGGAGAUCCUUCUGCUGUUGCUGGAGCAUCAAUAUUGGCAUCAUUAUCACAUCUGAGAAAAGAUUUGGCGGUUCUUCCUCCACCAGCACAGAAUGGUGAGAAUGUAGAGCAAGGACUAGAGAGGCCUUCAGAAACUCCAGCUUGUGAGGUGUCUGAGAGCUGUACUCCCGACAUUGAUAUCAAUUGCCAUGUUAGGAAUGGUACAACAGAACAUAAUGUGGUUGCUGGCGUUCCUGCUGGUGACAAGGCUGCUGUUCUCUCUGCUGAUCUCACUGCCAAUAAUACCUUCCAUGUUAAUCCCGUUGGUUUGGAUCCUCGUCUUGACACAGAAGCGGGAAAGAUUUCCAGGUCAAAUUAUGAAAUGAGGCCCUUUCUACGAAUGAUUGCAGGAUCCUCUGCAUCUGAGUUGGAUUUGAGUGGAAAUGUCUACAAAAUUUUUGAGGAUCAAAGGGAGCUCCUUAAGGAUUUAGAAUCUCAAGCAGCUUUACCAUCAACAAGAUGCCAAGCUUUUAAGGAUGGCCUGAGACAAGGCAUUCUUAAUGCCGGUGACAUUCAAAUAUCAUUUGAUAGUUUCCCUUACUACCUAAGGUUAGUACUUGUUCUGUUUCUCCCGUUGUUUCCAUUGGAUACCCUUUCUUUGUGGAUUUAUGUCAUUUGCCUAAAUUGUUGGAUCUUGGUUCCUGAGAUGAUGGUUCAUACUUUCUGAUCUUUUCGAUUUUUCCAUAGAUAUCUUCUGCUGUUUUGGAGAAUAAUUUUAUUGGCAUCCUUUUCACUGAUGCCAUCUCCAAAGUGUUGUUUGCCCAAAGGUUCCUUGGAAUAGGGCUUGUAGCUUUUCCCAUGAAGUAGGCUUACUGUUAUUUGUGAAGCAUAACCUAUCAAUGUAAGGUUAUGCCUUUCCUUGGAAUAGGGCUUGUAGCUUUUCUUUGGAAUACUUUGGUCUGCCUUGCAUUCCUGUUUGUGUUAUCAAUGUAAGGUUGCUUUAUGUUUGACUAGCUCUCGGUGAGUUUAGGGUGUGUUAAUGAGCUUAGCCUCGCUUUAAUGUAGAUUCGAUCUUUUUUCUAGUCACAAGAAAAGGCAUAAAGGUGCAUCGGCAUUGAAGUAAGUGAUUUUGGCAUCUCGCCAUUCUAUCCUUCAUAUUGUUUCCUGAAAUUCAUGGCGCCUGUAUCAUGGAUCCUAUUCUUCAUUAAUUUCCAAGGUUUUUCAUUGAAUUUUUCUCAAAACAAUUGUACAACUGAAGGAAUCAGGGAGCAGAAGCCCUUGUCGAUUAAGCAAAUUGAAUGGGAUUGGCUUUUUUAAAAUCAAAUGUUGCAAUCUACUGCAUUCAGUUUUCUCUCACGAAAGGAAAUUGUGUUAACUCUGUCAAGUCACUUUUGUCUUGUUCAUCCUUCCAAAUUCAGUUGUAGACAGGUCAGCGAGGUCUCUCGCUAUGUUAUCUUCUUGAUCUUGGUUUACAGAAAGUUUUUCUUUGAGGGGUGACUCUCUGAGUUCGAUAACGAAUUAAAAAAAUGGAUCUGUUUUUCUGACGCGUGGUAAAGUUGCUGGCAAUGCAUCCGCUCUGGUAAUCAGUAGAGUACAGUGUGGACCUAUUUGCGUACUAAUUUGGCGUUGAGCGAUUCUGACAAUUUUGAUGAGCGUCACUGGGCAGCGUCGGAAUCUAUUUAUAUAUGUGGUACUUCUUCGAUGAUGGGUCAUUCCGUUACGUUGGAAUAGUGCAGGAGUGCUUCAUUGAUGGUAAUAAAUGGCUGCUUUGGUGGUGAUCUGCAUGUUCAUUGUAAAUGAUACAGUUCUGUAGAGGUUCGUGUUCAUGUUGAAUGGCAGCAAUGUGGCAGGACAUGAAAAUGUUUUUUGACGAUCUUUGAUGGAUUCGUUUGUGUAUACGGUGUUAACGCUUUGGUCCAAUGCAUGGUUAUUCUUAUGUUUUUGUUCUGGCUACAUGCAUAAGAAGCGUAUUUGUCAAUUGUCCUCGCUUGUGUUGUCAAGUGUGCUUUCUCCCCAAAGGGAAGUUCUUUUGGUUGGUAAAAUGAGAUGAACGGAUGCUAACUUAGUUGGGCACAUCUGUUUGUAUGUGUGACACUUAAUUUCAACCCUCGAACUUUUUCGCUCGUUCUGUCCUUACAAUCUUUUACUAAUUUUUGUUCUUGUCAUGUAGUGAGAGCACAAAAAAUGUGUUGUUAUCUUCUGCCUAUAUUCACCUGGAGUGCAAGGAAUUUAUUAAAUACACUGCAGAAAUAGCUUCCGCCAGCCAACGAAUAUUAUUAUCUGGUCCUAUAGGUACAACGGUUUACACUUUCUUUCUUUAUGGAUGGAUCUCCUGUGUGCAGUUCUUUACCAUCUGUUACAUUAACUUGUCGCUACUACGUGUUACAGGAUCUGAAAUUUAUCAGGAAACUUUAGCAAAAGCACUUGCUAAGCAUUUUGGUGCCAGAUUACUCAUAAUUGAGUCUCUCGUUCUCCCGGGUGUAAGCUUCCUUCAAUUCCAAUGUCGAUCAAUAUGUUUCUGAGUGCUUGUAUCUUUUGUACCAUUGGGAGAAUAAUAAUUGAAUUUCGAGGUAGUAAAUGUUGAAAUUCUAAUUUUUUUCGGGGAAUUUUUGUUAAAAUCUUCAGGGUGCUUCUUUGAAAGAAUCGGAACCUCCUAAAGAAGGUGCUAGGACCGAAAAAUCAGCAACUUUUACAAAGCAGCGAGCAUCAGUAGCAGAUGCUGCUCAGCUCAAGCGACCAACUUCGAGUGUAGAUGCCGAUAUUGUUGGAGCAUCAACCUUUAAUUCACAAUCUCAGCCAAAGCAAGAGGCAUCAACCGCUACCUCAAAAAAUUAUACAUUCAAAGAAGGCAAGCUGACCGCCACUGUGACCUGUCAUGUUUCUAUCUUUUACUACAAAUGGAUUCUUUAUAGUAUGUUUGCUUCCACUUGAUUUCUUUUUUUAUGUCAAUUCCUUUUUUAGGUGAUAGGGUUCGAUAUGUGGGACCAAUGCAGUCUACUGGAUUUCCUAUUCAGGCUCCACCAAGGUGCAUACUUUGAUUUCUUUCUAUCUACAAUAUAUGGUCAAAUUCAACUCUCAUUCAUUUUCGUAUUAUGCUUUUCUCAGUUCAAAAUUUCCUCUGAUGUAGUUUAGAGGCAGUCAGCAACAACCUAGACAUAUCAAGGCCUAAGCCUUGGACCUAUAUUGUGGAAAAAAGUGAAAAAAUGUCGUUUAAAAAAAAAGGAAAACGUACCACUGUUGGCAGGGCUUUUACUUGGGUUUGUGAAAAUAUUUGUGAGUGGGUCGGAAUGUUUGUGAGGACAAAGACAAGUAAAUCAUUUUGCGAAGGCUGGCUAGUUUAUUUUGUUUUACACCUUGCUGUCAUAGAUUACAGUUUUUCUGAUGAUCUGGGGAUUGAGAGAUUAUCUUUCGCUCAUUUAUAUUGUCUCUUUUUAUUUAUCUAAUGAUUCUGGUGCAGAUUAUCUGAAACAAUAAUCUGUACGUAAAACAAAAAACCUUGGUACUGUCUGAGGAAGCUGUUUACCAGAAAACAGUCUCAAAACGUUGCCCCUUCUUUCACAGAUAAACGACAGUGCCUACAAAAUAAUGGACGGGCCUUAGCUAUGCUCUUUUCCCGUUUUUGAUCUUACAUAAUGCUUUACCAAUGCUAAUUUUCAUUGAAAGCUUGCCUCCAGUCUAGUCUCUCUCCAGUUGCAUGACAAAAUCAUCUAUAUCUGCUUUCGAUUCAUCCCAAGUCAUGGAAUGCCCGAUUACCCUCAUGAUGAAUCCUUUGUGAGAACUUUUGGACAAUGCUGCAUAUUGUGGUUUCUGUUAAAGUUAUUGAAAGUUCUCAUUUUAGCAUUUUUUCGUUGGUUAAUGGGUGAGAGAAGAUGAAAAGGGUACAUUACUUGGGUACUUCAUGACUUCAUGACUGUUGCUUUAAUAUUUUGUAUUGGAUAACAUAUUUACUCCUUUUAUUCAUUCAUUGCGACAAUACUUGUUGAUGGAUCUGUCUUCCUCUCAUUUUUCAUCUCUUUCUCUUUUGCAACCUGCGGUUCUAGAAGCAAUGAAUAAUCCUACUCCAAUUUAUCGUACAACAUUUCCUACACUUUUUACUAUCAAUUUAUUGUAGUUGUUGGCUGAUAGUUGAACUAUCUUUGCAGAGAGGUCUUUCCUGACUGUGAUUAUUGGACCUUGAAAGUUGCCUUGUAGUUUUACAUUUAUUGCUCAUUUCUGUUUCUAUGUUUCUCGAAGAGAACGUUUGCUUUAUGUUCUGAAUUUUCUGAAUCUAUCUAUUGGAACGUAAAUGUUGUUAUUGUGCUACCUUCUAGGCUUCUGUGCUGUUAGACUAAACAUCAUCUUUAUUUUCAGGGGACCAAAUUAUGGAUAUCGGGGAAAAGUACUUCUUGCAUUUGAAGAUAAUGGAGCUUCUAAAGUUGGAGUUAGAUUUGAUAGACAAAUUUCGGAAGGUACCGAUCUUGGAGGCCUUUGUGAGGAAGACCAUGGCUUCUUUUGCAGUGGUGAUUACAAAUCUUUCCACAUAAAUUUAUCCAUGUUUUUGUUACCACCUAACUACGUUGCUUUCCUCGAUGGAUUAUCUUCUGUGUUGCAGUCUUUUGUUUGCCUGACAACAAUUUUUUCCCCUUUAUGUGGUAUGUCUGCAGCUGAAAACCUUCGUUUAGACUCUUCUGGUGAUGACACUGAAAAGCUUGCUAUUAGUGAGCUCCUCGAGGUUUUGUCUCUCUUUCCUCCACUAAAUAAAAUUCUCAUAUAUAUAUAUAUAAUUAAUGUCAUUUUGUCUUCCAGGUUGUUACUGAUGAAUGUAAAAACGGUCCUCUACUUGUUUUCAUGAAAGACAUAGAGAAAUCGUUGGCUGGUAUGUCUGACUCAUAUGGAAGUUUAAAGACAAAGCUUGAGUUGAUACCAGCUGGUGUUCUAGUAAUUGCAUCUCAUAUUCAGAUGGACAGCCGGAAAGAAAAGGUUCGAAAAUAUGAUCCAAUUUAAUAAUUUUUUUGUGUCUAUUUUUUACACUUAUGUUCUGAAAACCGGUAAACAUAUUUUGCAGUCUCAUCCCGGGGGUCUUCUUUUUACCAAGUUUGGAAGCAACCAAACAGCUCUAUUGGACUUUGCUUUCCCGGUAUUCCCCAGCUUCUUUUCAGUUUAAAUAGCAUUAUUAUUUAUCUUUAUUUUCUCACACAUCCUUCUAUUCACUUGUCUGCGUAUUUGAUUUCAAAUCCAAAUUGCCAAAGCUUCUGGUUAAGUGUUGAGGGCAUACCCUCAACUAUUCCCUGAGGGUUGGAGGAUAGGGAUAGGGAUGUUUUCAGAACUCUAUUAAUAUACCUCUAUGGAACUGAACAUCAAAAUGACCUCGGUUAUGCGACCUAAGAUGAAAAUAGUACGGCUGCCAAAAAGUCUAGGGGUUUUUCGUUUGUGAAACUCAUCAAUACCCAUCAUCUUUCAACACCAUUUUCCUGGAGUAUGCCAUCUUGUGACCCUGGGUACAAUAGUUGUACAUCCAUUUCUUUCUUUUUGUUAAUUCUUGGAGAAUGCUGCUAUCAUUUUUUGGUACUUUUUUGCUUAAUAAAAAUACUUUAUAAUUGAUGAAAUAUCCUUAAUGUCUUUGCUAUUUUGGUCGUAUCACCCAAAUUAGCUUAUCCGAUAUUCGAUCUGAUGUUGCAACCCGUGAUGAAUUAGACUUUCGAAAACCUAUAAUUCAGUACAGUUCGUACAAAAAGAUGUGUAGCAGUAAGCUAGUGCUGAUUAUGUUACUACUCUUUAGAGUAGUUAUGCCACUAUCCGAUACUCUUUAGAGCUGAGAAGUUUGUGAGGGUUUCUUUUUCUAUUUUAGGUAUUUGUUGUAAUUACAUAUUGGAUCCAAAGUUUUACCUUCAAAGUUUGCAAGUGGAUGAGGGGAAGAUGACCCGAUUGGCAGGUUUUCAGCUGUUUAGAACCUUGAAUGCAUAAACAACGGUAGUCGGCAGUUCAGCGUGAAGGGAAAAGUAAAAGUAGAGAAGAAAAAAAACCCGAUGGAGAGACCAAGGCAUAUAUAACAUGCACUGAUGUAUCGCAGGUCUUUGUAGUGGUGAACAAGACAAAAUAAUAUUACCUGUCACCUAUGUUUUUGCGUAUAGUUUGUCAUUGCUACCAGUUCUUCAAUUAUGUACGAAUUUUCAGCUUCUCAUCCUCUUCUGUUGAGGGCUGGACUAUACUUUGCAUCCUUCUCUUCUACUUCCCAUUCUUCUUCUUCUCCUUAUAUUUGUGUUUGUGGGGUUAAUUGUGACGUUCUUCAUAGAAAUAAGAAAAUAAUUGUGCGUGUUAUCCAAAAUAAGAAAUAUGAGUUCAACACGCAUCCAAUACGCUGAUGGAUUAAAUAUAUUUGAUACUGAUGAUGAAAAAAAAUCUAUAAUUUGAAAAGGGUAAUCUUUCCCUUACAGUUUUGCUUGUUAAAUUUAAUAAAUCGGGUAUUGGUGGGACUGGGUGAAAUCAUUAGCACCUGCAUGAAGAUGCUAGACUUUUGGGGUGUGUAGUGGGAUUUCUCAUCAGAUAUCUUAGGAUCCCUCUUUCGUAUGGUGCAUUCAGACCAGAGGAUCAGAAAAAUUGUUAGCAUUUUGAGCUCUAAUUCAAAGUAAUUGAGGACUAGAAAGUCAUCUCGUGGAAGAUCAAUUCUCUGAAAGUCUGUGUCAUCUAGCUUGAGGAUUUUUCAUCUCUCUAUCGUCACGGCAGAUCAAUUCUCUGAAAGUGUCUUGUAUGUUCAGACCAUAAAAUUUUCUGAGAGAAUUGAAACCAUUAGGACUUCGUUAUUUUAUACAUGCAGUGCUUAACGAUCAACUCCGUUUGUUACUGUGUAUCAUUCUCUUGGGAAAUAAACGAGGGGCUUUUCAGUUAUCAUACAGGCGUAUUACAGAAAAGUAAUCAGGAUAACGGGAGAAUGGGCAGUUGUGGCUGGUUAGUGAUGACCAAACUGAAAGGGAGUAUAAAUUGGUAGGCUGAAACCACUUGGGGGAGGGGGGGGGUUGGUUUCAGGCAUGUCAGCUACAAAUGUUAGUAAGUCUUCUCGUUAGGACAGUGUGUUUUAUGACAAGUAUUAGUUUCCUCUAUUUGUAUGCUAGUACAUCAUGCACUAUCAUUCUCAUUAUUUAAUUCUUAAUACUAAUUAUCCUUUCUUUGUAAUCAUUUUUCUUUCUCCACUGUUCCUUAUGUGAUUUCUUAUUUUUUUUUCUGUAUUUGGUUUUUUUAUUUAACAAGAGACCUCAAAAGGUGGCCUGUUCUAUUUGGUAAAUUCGUACCGUGACAUUUUCUCUUUUUGUUUGCGAUAAUAUUAAUUGUAAAUUCGGUUCAAAGUAUUAUUAUUCAGUUAAGAUUCAACUUGCUUAUCCAGAAGGUAAUUGUCGGAAUGUUAUAGGACAAUUUUGGUAGGCUACAUGAAAGAAACAAAGAAGUACCAAAGACAAUGAAGCAGCUUAGCAGGAUUUUUCCAAAUAAGGUUACCAUACAGCUUCCUCAGGUAUCUAUCAAAAAAUGACUCGUGUUUUAGUGAUUAGAAAGCAAGUCCUAAUAACUUUUAUCAGGAUGAAGGCCAGCUUUUGGAUUGGAAGCAACAAUUAGACCGUGACGUGGAAACUCUUAAAGCAAAGUCUAAUGUUCUUAGCAUUCGUACAGUAAGCGACCACUAAACGUUUUCUAUGACCUGUCACUUGUGAAGAUUUGUUCUCUAUAGUUUUAUAGUUUAUCAUACGUUCUUCAUACCCUUUUAGUUGGAGUGGGCUUUCAAAUCUGGAUGAAUAGUGGGCCAAAACAACUUAAUCGGGCUCUAGCCCCAAUUUGAAAAACCCUUUUUAUCCAUGAUCUGCAUUGGAAGGAUUUAUUCCACACAAGAAGUAAUUUACAUAAUGUGGAGUACUUUUAUUCUGGACAAGUUUUCCAUCUGAUUGGCAUCCACAUCUUUUGGUGCAUGGUUCCUUUGUUUGCCGUAUUUUUUAUCUUUUUUGGCAUUUUCAUUGAAAAUUAAAGCAAAAGUUUGUCCUCAGUCACUUUUGAUCAAUAACAUUAAAAUGUUUUCUUACUACUUUUGUCCUGAAGAUUCAGUCGACUAACUUAUAUGAUUUUAAUAUUUAUGUGCUUCAUAAAAUACACAUCAAUUUGAUGAUCAUCGACUUGUGAUACAAAUUGAUAUUUCAAUUUGAAAAAUAUUACAUUGAAUGGAAUGGAAUGGUUGUUAAUUUAACUCUUGGCAGAUCCAACAUUGAAAGGCUGGACCACAUUUAUUACUCUAUUCAUUGGAGCCUAAUGACCUAUUUCUCUGUCACAUGGCUCAUUUCAUGGUUAAAAACAGUGAUCACAAUAUUCAGAUGGUCUUCAUAUUUUAUCCAACUUAUCUCAUUAUUUUCUUCAGAAUACAGAUACGUUUGUUCAUCUUAUUUAGGUUUUACUUAUUUGAUAAAAUCGGCUCUGACUUUCCAGAGCAUACUUUUUUCUUUCUUGGCAAUUUUUUUGAUUCAUUUGUUUUCAUUAUUAAAAUAUCCUUAAGGCUAACGUAUUUAUGUUCCUUUCAGUUUCUAAAUCGCAAUGGACUGGAUUGCACUGACCUUGACGCCAUAUGCAUCAAGGACCAAGCUUUAACUAAUGAAAGUUCGUCCCCUAUAAUGUGCUUAGGUGUAUCUUUUUUAACUAAUUUGUGAGGUGGUCUGUGAUGGAUUUCCUAUGUUCAUCAUUAUUAGGUGUUGAUAAGAUAGUUGGUUUCGCUCUCAGUCAUCACCUGAAGUACAGUAAAGUGGAAGCUUCUGCCAGAGAUUCGAAGCUCAUACUUUCUUCUGAAAGGUUUUAUUUCUUUCGACAUUUUAUCUUAUAAACUGGAAACUCCUUGUACCCGAGCAUCUCAGUAAUUACAAAUGAACAUAUUUUUUUGGUCAUUCUACCAGCAUUAAGUAUGGAUUCAAUAUGCUUCAGUCCAUCCAGAGUGAUGCAAAAAGCUUGAAGAAAUCACUCAAGGUGAGGUCAAUGACUUAUUUGAAGUCGGCAACAUUAUUUUUGGUCGGCUAUAAUUAUCUGACCAUUCUUUCUUGUGAUCAUAGGAUGUGGUAACUGAGAAUGAAUUUGAAAAAAGGCUUCUUGCUGAUGUUAUUCCACCUAAUGAUAUCGGGGUGACUUUUGACGACAUUGGAGCUCUGGAAAAUGUGAAGGACACAUUAAAGGAGUUGGUGAUGCUUCCAUUGCAGAGACCAGAGCUAUUCUGUAAAGGCCAGCUUACCAAGGUGCGUGUUGCAUGGUUUACUUCUGAUUCUAGACUAUCAUUGUCUUAAACCUAAAUGGGAUGUGCUCCCUGUCUAUAUCUUUCCACGAGUGAAAAUAGUUACAAGUAGGAGGUAAAUUGUUGGAUUUUCAGAUGUAGAUGCCAGUUCAUUUUCAUGACACUGCAACCUUGAGAUGUUCCACAGCUUAUGAAAGCUGGAUCUACUUGGUAAAUAACGUGAAAUCAAAAACUUCGAAAUUUACACUUUUAUAUUUUCAAAACUUGUGAUUGAGAUAUGAAAUUAGAUGCUUGGUAACGCUCUCGUUUCAUUGAUCAUGAGGUCGCUAAAUUUUGAGCUGUGCGUGGUAUGCGUAAUGCAUAGAGACACUGUUUUUAGUUUUUUGUGGACUAGAUGGAAAUAAUGUGAUGUGCAUAUUAAGGUUUCCUAUGUCUUAAUGUCUUAUUAGCCUGCUAUGAUUUUUUCAGAAUCUUGAACCUAGUCUACUGUUGGAUUAAGAUCUAUGAUGGUUCUUAUUAUAACCCCUUGCCUAAAAACUGCCAGUUUUUCCUGACAAUUAGAAUGUACAGGGAGAGUAUGAUAGCGGACAAUGUUGUUGUCUGAGAUAAUUUGUUAGUGCGUUAGAUUCAAUUGUCGUUUUCCAUCGUCAAAGAUUUAUUUUUCCCCAUUUCAUAGAGGAGAAAAGGUUGAAAUUUCCCUAUUCCAUCCAAGUCUUAAAGCUUCUGUUAAUCCUCUAAUUGUUAUCCAAUAUCCUACGCUUUGAUCUGCGCUUGUUUUUUUGGCCGUUGGUGUUAUUUGGUAGUAACAGAAUUGGAGAACCUACUGGCUGCCAGGCGUUCUUCUAACAAUCCAGAAUAUUUUUUAAUAUCCUUCUUUAACGUGAUUCACAGUCGUUUUCACAAUCAAAGGUGUAGUACUGCUCGUAGCAGCGGUCCUUAUAUUUUGCAUUAACAAUUGAGAGAUGGUCGAAAGACAAAAUUUCUAUUUGAUGGGGCUUCUUCCUAUACGUAUGAAUUCCAUUGGAACCUAAAAUGAGGCAUUGAAAGAAUAUUGUUGGUCUUCUAACAUCAAUAGUUGGUUGUUUCCCGCCUGUAUCUUCCAAAAGGGAAAAAGAUUUCUGAGAGUUGUUUCAUGGAUCUGCACGAGAAAACUUGGAUUCUCCCAAUAAAUCUUAAGUGUAUGAUGCCUGAAUCUAACCGGGGUUCACAGUGGAGCAACCGGAUCAGAAAAAAAGAGGGAUUCUAGUUGUAAGAUAUUUAAUGAAACCGUAGCUGGAAUUGAGAUCUCAUUCAAAGAGAAGGGUAGCAAGUAUGUGGAGUUUCUUUUUUUAUCCUUUACGGACGAUCCAAUCCGCAAGGACCCUGGUUGGGAAUUGUUUGAUCGUCAUUCUCUGGGGAAGAAGAGAAACGUAAUCAACUUGAAUUCGGGACAGCUAUUCGAAAUCUUAGGGAAAGACUUGAUUUGCUAUCUCAUGUCUGCUUUUCGUGAAAAAAAUACCAACUGAAAGGACGAAAAACGACAAGGAGCUGAGGCAUCUAUUCGAUCAAACCUUAUUGUGGGAAAUACUCGUAGGCAUUUUUUAUUUUUUUUGGUUUCUCAAAAUAGAGCUGUAUUGGUGUUUUAAGUUUACAUCUCAAUUGACCAACUCCUUUUUGCAGCCGUGCAAGGGCAUUCUACUUUUUGGCCCCCCUGGUACGGGGAAAACAAUGCUUGCGAAGGCUGUUGCAACAGAGGCCGGUGCCAACUUUAUCAAUAUAUCAAUGUCGAGCAUUACAUCAAAGGCAAGAAUGGAUAAUGAUAUACACAGGCCUCUGUUUGAUUCAACCCCGUGCUUUCCCUCACCAGCUCGAAUAAUAAUUAUUAUUCAAGACAAACGGUCUUAUCUGCUUCUUUUCCCUUUGGAACAGUGGUUUGGUGAAGGGGAGAAGUACGUGAAAGCAGUUUUCUCACUGGCUAGUAAAAUAGCUCCAAGUGUUGUUUUUGUCGACGAGGUUGGUAGAAGGCAAUUACUAGCACAAAUUUAUCAUGCAGUGAAUCACUCCUCUGCGGAUCGAUAUUUGAUCAUGUUCUCUGAAGAUACUUUUUCGUUUCUCAAGAUUGUUGUGGCGUGCUCUUCCCUUUUAUUAGGUUGAUAGCUUGUUGGGAAGACGAGAAAAUCCUGGCGAACAUGAAGCCAUGCGCAAGAUGAAAAAUGAGUUUAUGGUGAACUGGGAUGGGUUGCGCACAAAGGAUAAAGAACGCGUGUUAGUGCUUGCAGCCACCAAUAGACCUUUUGACCUUGAUGAAGCUGUCAUACGAAGACUCCCACGGAGGUAAAAUCAUUUUGUCUCACUGUAAACUUAAUGAUGGCCUUAUUCUCAUUAUCAUAUAUAUACCGUCUGCGCAGGCUAAUGGUCAACCUACCGGACACGACAAACCGGGAAAAGAUUCUGAGAGUGAUAUUGGCUAAAGAGGAAUUGGCUCCAGGCAUGGAUCUAGAGGCAGUUGCAACUAUGACCGAGGGGUAUUCAGGAAGCGAUCUGAAGGUUUGUUUUCUGUGUUUUUUUUUUCCCAGCCUGCAAAAUUGUUCAAUGAUUUUGUCCAGAACUGACCGUGAAUUCCCGGAUUUUUUUAUUCAUGAUGUCAGAAUCUUUGUGUUACUGCUGCGCACUGUCCCAUCAGAGAAAUCUUGGAAAAGGAAAAGAAGGUAGUGGGAAAUUUAUUUAGGAUUUCUUUUUACUGCUAAAUCUAAUCAGUACCGUUAUAUGGCGAUUGAUUCGCAUUGAUGUGGAUAUGCCAGAAGUGGUUCUUGAUGGAAAUAUUGGUAUAGGAAGGGGGGGGGAUCUCUGUCUAUCAGGUUAUACCAUGUUCGUCGUGUUCAGUAUUCUAAUGGGUUCAUGGCGUUUCUGUAUCAGGAGAGAAAGCUUGCGUUAGCUGAAGGCAGGGCACCGCCUGCCUUACACAGUUGUGAUGAUAUCCGUUCACUGAGCAUGGAUGAUUUCAAAUACGCUCAUGAACAGGUAAAUCUCGGUUUCAUACUGAUGACUUUCAUCGGAGGCAUGUAUACUUUGUCGUUCAUUAUUAUCCUUUCGAUUACAUCCAUUAAACUCUGGUAGCUGACUAAAUUUCACAACUAGUAGAACUUUCGCUUGAAAUGUAUGUUUCAUUGUUGGCUCCCAUCUCCUGCUAAAUAAACAGAAGAUAGCAGCAUCAGUCACUCCAAUUGAGGAAAAGAAACAGCUUUUUUUCUUUUACUGAGAAAGCGACAGUGAGACUCUGAAGAAAAGAAAUCCCUAAAAACGGUGCUUAUAUGGACAUGCUUGUAGGUUUGUGCGAGUGUCUCAUCCGAAUCAACAAAUAUGAGCGAGCUUAUCCAAUGGAACGAGCUCUAUGGUGAAGGUGGUUCGAGGAAGAAGAAGGCUCUCAGCUACUUCAUGUAG